CUCAAUUCUAAGCCCACCCGGUCUGUAACAAUGGGCGCCGACCCAGUCCCUCUCAGCGUCUACAUUUACGCGCCCAACAGAGUCGCACCCAUUAUCUUCACCAUCCUUUACGCCACGAGUACAUCCAUACACCUGCACCAAUGCCAUCGUGAUACAUCAUGGCGCCUCCUCUCGCUGCUUCCCCUCAGCGCCCUCUCCUUCACCCUCGGCUACGCCCUCCGCACCGCAAACGCCUUCGACGCGUACCUCUACUCAAAGUCCAACUCCACGAACCUAGUACUCUUUAUCAUGAGUCAGAUAUUCAUUUAUAUCCCCCCGCCACUGCUCGAGCUCGCAAACUACAACAUCCUAGGGCGCAUCCUGUCAUACGUCCCGUCGUGUGCGCCGCUGCGGCCGAAGCUUGUGGUGCGCGUGUUCGGCAGCGUGAUGCUCGUUGUCGAGACGGUGAAUGCGCUAGGAGUCAGCUUGUCUGCGAAUCCUACGGCGAGCGCGGUGACACGUGCGUUGGGAAAGGGGAUGGCGUUUGCGGCGCUCGCGUUGCAGCUUCUGGUGAUAUUCGCGUUUGGGGUGCUGGCUACGAUGUUCUGGGUACGGCUCAGAGCUGCCGGCGUGAGAGCAAGCGCGGUGGAGACGGCGCUGAAGACGCUUGGCGCGAGCAUGGCAUUGAUUCUGGUGCGGUGUUUGUAUAGACUUGUGGAGCACGUGGGGAAUACGGAAGUGGAUCUGGAUGACAUGGAGAAGCUGAGGAAGCUGAGUCCAGUGAUGAGACAUGAGGCGUACUUCUAUGUGUUCGAGGCGGUGCUUAUGCUGCUUAACGUGGGUUUGUGGAACCUCUGGAAUCCGGGGAGAGCAUUUGCGAAGAAUGUGCAUCUGGCAGGCGACGGGAUGACAGAGGUAGGGUAUGAGGAUCAGAGAGAGCGCUUUUGGACGAAGUGGUUCUGGCGUAGCGAUGGCAAGAUGAGGCUGCAGGAUGAAUUGCAGAUGGACCGGGAUCUGCGUCGCAGCUCGUAG